GAGCUCGGCACGCUGGGAUUUGACUGUACCCUGGAAGAGGUUGAUCUUGAAGAUAUCACUAAGAAUCAAAUCAACACAAUAAAAGCUUGUACAUCUGAGGAUCCAGAGACUGGAAACUGUCCAGCACUGGAAAGAUCUACUUUUGACAGGAGUAAAUGCCUGCAGGGCAUCUAUGAGGAUCUGAAUGCCUACAGGGCAGAGCUGAAGAACUUCAAUGAUCAAAAGAUUCUGACAACUAUUGACGAAAUGAUGAAAGCCCUGGGGAGCGGCAGCGGGAGCGUGCCGCAGCCACCGGCGGGCACGGGGCCGACCUCCUUCAAGGAGAGGAUGAGGCUCUGCGGUGUCCUGCACGCCUUCCGAAUCCGCACCAUCACCAUCAACAGGAUGAUGAACUACCUGACCUCUCCGGAGAGCUCACUGGGAGUGCCCAGCCCUCCAGCAUUUUGGGGAUAA